AAUACCAUUUGGAUGGCCUUGAGCUGGUUCAUCCUGCCCCAUAUUUUCCUGUGAGCUUAUUCAGUUACACUGCCAGCUAUAUUAAUGACCGUUGUUAUCCACUUUGUAAAGACAACAUUCCAUCAUUUACGUCACGUGAUAUUGUGAACCUGGGACUAACUGUGACUACGUUCUACGUGACGAGAGCAAGUGCUUUGUGAGAUAAAAAAAGCAGCAAGAUGUUUCUGUCACAGUUCCAGGUUGAGAAGUUGGAGUAUUAUUUCAACUUUUUCGACGCAGAUGGCAAUGGAAAGCUUGAACUACGUGAUCUUGAGUUUAUCAAGAAGCGUAUCCUUGACUUCACCGGAUGGGCGGAGAACUCCCAGCAGGCUCUGAAGUCAGCUGAAGUCCACGAGGCCUUCUUCGAAGUGCUGUUUAAGCGGGUGGAGGGGGAUUCUGCAGAACCGAAGCAGGAGGUGACUCUGACGGAGUGGAUGAACAUGUGGGAGAAGUUGUUGCCGUGCACCAUGGGGAUGCAGAACUUUCCGGUCUGGAUGAGGCUGCUGCCAGAGACUCUCUUCAGAAUGAUCGACAGGAAUGGCGAUAACGAGAUUGACGAAGAUGAGCUCGCUCAGUUCUAUGAAAAGCUGUGUGAUGUGGAACCAGAUGAGGCCAAGAAGCAAGCCAAGAAAGCCAUAGACCAGAUGACAGAUAACGGUAACUACCCGCUGGACGCAACAAGCUACGAGCAGAUCUUUGCCAACUUCCUGAUCGGAAGGACGCCCUUCGGGCCUGGUCGGUUCAUCUUCGCCUGCUUCAGCCACAAAGAUCCACAGUUCCAACUGAUUUCCCCCUUGGUGGAGGAGGUGAAGCCGGCGUCCCGGGGGAGGAGGGGCAGCAAGGGGGUGGAGAUACCGAGGGUCAAGAGACAGGCUUUACAAUGAGCGCACCUGCUCUGUCUGGAAUGUUCAGCUGGUCAAGGUCAAUGGGAAUAGAAGGGUAUCAUUUUGACACAUGGACAACACGGCAGCUACCAAAACUGUAAUACUAUGUUGGUGUGGGG